AUGGAAGCAGAGGCAGGCAAGAAUGCAAAGCAAGGCACUGGGAAGGCGGCCAGCAAAGCCAUUCGAGUUGCCUUGGUCAUCUUUAUCACUGGAACUGCUGUGCUUGGGACCCUGCUUUUCUUGGUUAGCCAAGGUUUUUUAAGUCUUCAAGCUAAACAGAAAUACUGCUUGACGCCAGAAUGCAUUGAAGUUGCGGCUGCCAUCUUGAGCAAAAUAAAUCAGUCUGUGGAUCCUUGUGAAAACUUUUUCCAGUUUGCUUGUGAUGGCUGGAUAAAUGAUAAUCCAAUUCCAGAAGAUAUGCCAAGCUAUGGAAUCUAUCCUUGGCUGAGACGCAACGUUGACCUGAAACUAAAGGCACUUCUGGAAAAAUCAAUAAGCAGAAGAAGGGACACUGAAGCCAUACAGAAGGCCAAAAUUCUUUAUGCAUCUUGCAUGAAUGAGAAAGCGAUAGAGAAAGCUGAUGCUAAGCCACUGUUACACAUAUUGAGGCACUCCCCUUUCCGCUGGCCUGUGUUAGAAUCUAACAUUGGUCCAGAAGGCGUGUGGUCAGAAAGGAAGUUCAGCCUCCUUCAGACCCUUGCGGUAUUCCGUGGACAAUACAGUAACUCUGUGUUCAUCCGUUUGUACGUUUCACCUGAUGACAGAGAAUCCAACAAACACAUAUUGAAGCUAGACCAAGCAACUCUCUCCUUAGCAGUGAGGGAAGAUUACCUUGAUAACAGCACAGAAGCUAAAGCUUACCGAGAUGCCCUUUACAGGUUCAUGGUGGAUACUUCAGUGCUUUUGGGUGCUAAUGUCUCUCGAGCUGAGCAUGACAUGAAAUCAGUACUCAGGUUGGAAAUUAAAAUAGCUGAGAUAAUGAUCCCCCAUGAAAAUCGAACCAGUGAAGCUAUGUACAAUAAAAUGAAUAUUUCUGAACUGAGUGACAUGAUACCCCAGUUUGACUGGCUCAGUUAUAUUCAAAAGGUCAUAGAUACGAAACUCUACCCUGACCUCAAGGACAUAGGCCCAUCAGAAAAUGUGGUGGUCCGAGUACCACAGUACUUUAAAGAUCUAUUCAGGAUACUAGGAUCCGAGAGGAAAAAGACCAUUGCCAACUAUUUGGUGUGGAGAAUGGUUUAUUCAAGAAUUUUAAACCUUAGCAGACGUUUUCAAUAUAGGUGGCUUGAAUUCUCUCGGGUAAUCCAAGGGACUACAAUUUUGUUACCUCAGUGGGACAAAUGUGUAAACUUCAUUGAAAGUGCUCUUCCUUAUGUUGCUGGAAAAAUGUUUGUGGAUGUUCACUUCCAAGAAGAUAAGAAGAAAAUGAUGGAGGAACUGAUCGAGGGAGUCCGCUGGGCCUUCAUUGACAUGCUGGACAAGGAAAAUGAGUGGAUGGAUGCAGGGACAAAGAGGAGAGCCAGAGAAAAGGCAAGAGCUGUUCUGGCAAAGGUUGGCUACCCCAAGUUUAUAAUGAAUGAUACUUAUGUUAAUGAAGACCUCAAAGCAAUGAAAUUUUCAGAAAGUGAUUAUUUCGGCAAUGUCCUGCAAACUCGCAAGUAUUUAGCACAAUCUGAUUUCUUCUGGCUAAGAAAAGAAGUUCCAAAAACAGAGUGGUUCACCAAUCCAACCACAGUCAAUGCCUUUUAUAGUGCGUCUACCAACCAGAUUAGGUUUCCGGCAGGGGAACUCCAAAAGCCUUUCUUCUGGGGAACAGCAUAUCCACGGUCUCUGAGUUAUGGUGCUAUAGGAGUCAUUGUUGGCCAUGAGUUUACCCAUGGAUUUGAUAAUAAUGGCAGAAAAUAUGAUAAGAAUGGAAACCUUGAUCCUUGGUGGUCUACUGACUCUGAAGAGAAGUUUAAAGAGAAAACAAAAUGUAUGGUUAGCCAGUAUAGCAGUUAUUAUUGGAAGAAAGCUGGAUUAAAUGUGAAAGGGAAGAGGACAUUGGGAGAAAAUAUUGCAGAUAAUGGAGGUUUGCGAGAAGCUUUUAGGGCCUAUAGGAAAUGGAUAAAUGAUAAGAGGCAAGGAGUGGAAGAAGAUCUCCUACCAGGCGUUAAAUUUACCAACAAUCAGCUCUUCUUUCUGAGUUAUGCUCAUGUGAGGUGCAACUCUUAUCGACCAGAAGCUGCAAGAGAACAAAUUCAGAUUGGUGCUCAUAGCCCUCCACAGUUUAGAGUUAAUGGUGCAGUGAGUAACUUCGAGGAAUUUCAGAAAGCUUUUAACUGUCCAGUCAAUUCAACAAUGAACAGAGGUACAGAGUCCUGCCGGCUUUGGUAGAUGGUCCUUUUCCCCAUCCCAUCCUGACAGGGUUCUACUGUGAGAAAAGCUGCAAGACUGAACUCUACCCUACCACUGCUUCUGACUUGUUUAUCUACAGAGAUGGGCUGUAUUUUGAUUGCAUCUUCAUAAUUUCAGUGCAUUGUGAAUCUAAUCACCCUCUGAUCAGGACUUUAGGACUGUUCAAAAUGAAAUUUAAAAAGAAAGAGAAGAGUAAAUGUCUUAAGGAAAAAAAAAAAUACAACCACCCCCAAACCCUGCUGUGGUUGUAGUGCUAUGAUAGAUUACUGCCAUUACCCAUUCUACUUCUUCAUUUGUUGUUAGCACAAGCUAAGUGAUACAGUACCAUUUUAAUCUAGUGCUUUGCAGGAGGGUGAAGCCAUAUGUGCCUAUAAAAACUUCAGUUUCUCUAGCCUGCAAGUCCCCAGGAUGAAGAUACCUUCCUGGUGGCUCAGGAGGCCUUGCUAUGCUGUAGGAUACAGCGUUUGAUGGUAUAUAGUCAUCAUUACGCAGCAUUUCCUAAAUAAUUGCUUACAAUGUAGGAGAGACUUCUGGGAUUUUGAUUUUCAAACCAAACUCUGACCUUCAACUUUGGAUAUUCUCAGGAUGGAAUAACAACUCAUGAGAUAGACUACCAUGUUAGAAGCAAUAGUAGCUAAAUAGAAAGGCCCUGCUCCUUGGUUUAAAAAAAAGAAAAAGGAAAACACUUGGAAUUUAUCACAGAAGUUGAGUCAGAAUGUAUACUGUGACACAGAAGGCAAAGUUAACCCAGAGACAUGGAGGCAGUAGGAAAAUCCAAAGGAGACCAGGUUUCCAAAUGAUUGUCUAGUGCCUCACCCUAUGACCUGAAGGCUGCGUUUCUGUGAUAAGAAAAGUCCUGGUUCCAAAAGCCUUGUUCUGCCCAGUUCUUGUCCAUCAAGUUAUUCUUAGAUGUUUUUUACUCCAAUUCUAGGAUUACUUUCUGAAAACAGAACAUGUCAAGAAAAUGUUUCCAAGUUCUCAUUUAGGGAUUUAGUCUUUAUUGAUUUCCAGCUCAGCAUCAUGAGGCCCUCACUGAUUGUAGGGAAAGCCAAAGCCCCUUACAUUUUUGUAAUUAUAAUCUCAUUCAUUUUCUCUUCCUCAUUAAAAAACAAAGACACUAAACAUAAAAGGAUGAUUCCUUGAUUCCUAUGUGUUUUGGAUAUAUCAAUUUAUUUCAAAGUUUCUUGUAAAAAUCAGUUUCUUUGCAGAGGAGCUUAGAGUAAAAAAGAAACAUGAUUUUGAAAUCUCAUCAUAUUUAAGUUGGGAUUUUAGCUUUAUUCAGAUUCUCUGUUAGCUGAAUCAUCUUCCUUUAGCCUGGGCAUGUCAAGGAUAAAAUCUUAGCUAUCUUAAAGGAGUUAACUCACUUGUCAUGUUCUUCUUAGUAUCCAUUUUCUACCUUAGUUCAUUGUAUGUGGGAUGAGGGAGAAUAGGGUUGAAAUGACAAAAGAGACAUUAAGAUCUCAAAAGAACAAUCAAAUCUUGAGAGUAAACACUGGGAGUAGUUUUGUUUGAUUCAUCUGAGGCAUUGUUAAUUGUUGUGAAGAUGAUAAACUGAAUACAUUUCAAUAUUAAUCUUUGGUUGAGACAUCCAUGGUACAUUGAUAUGUACUACCAAUUAUUAUGUACUUUGUUUUUUUGGGAACUGGGCAGUCAUGGGGCUGGAUUUGGGGAAGGAUUACUGUCAGAAGAAAAACCUUGACAUCAAACUGGGCAAGGAUUGCUGCAUUUUCCCACUUGAUUUUGCAAAUAGAUGUCCUGCUGAAGGAGGUCUACCUUUCUAUUUUAUCAGUCAUAGAUUCCAGUGUGACACUAGUUUAUUUUAUUCUUCAUUAUGAAACUGGGUUGGACUCAUGGUGCUGAUGAAUUCAUUUUCCUCAUCUGCUUCUGUUUAUGUACUUGAAUUACUCUUUGCUUUGACGGUGAAUUCGGAAUUUAAUACUAGUUUAGGAAUGCAUGGAGAGCACAUCUUAAUGGUGAUUUUCUCCAGGAUGCCUUUGAUUCAACCCUAAAUGAAUGUGCUCCUGCAGGUUUGAGAAAGUAUUUGAAUGAGAACAGUGAGAAUAAGAUACAUCAUUUCAUCUGCUUGUUAUAAGAUACUGAUGAUCACUUAUCUAGAAAGAUAGAGGCCAGAGGCUCACACAGUUUCUGAAAUGUGUGACUGCUUUUUCUAUAUUAAUUUUUGUUUUGUGGUACACUAUAUUGCAAGAUAUUUAUUUUGGCUAAUGUAAAACAAAUUCUAAGUGGGAUAAUUUCCCCAAUAACAUAAGACUUUAUAACAGCUCAUGUUUGUAUAAUACUUCAUAGUUUAUGUGGAGUAUUUUCCUCAUAACAAUGUUGUGAGGCAGGGUUAGUAUUAUUAUUUCUGUCUACUA